GAGCCUAGUUCCCGAGGCGCGGCGGCCGCGGCUGGGGGCGGGGAGGGGGGCGCAGGACCCCAAGAGGGGGUCCCGGAACCGGAGGCACGUGUCCCGGGGCGCUGGCAGGGCCGCGCCGGCCGGGAGCGCUGACCGGGCCCUAGGGCCAGUUCCCAUCCCCCCAGCAGCAUGGCAUCCUGUGCUGAGCCCUCUGCCAUGGGCCCUGAGCCUGCUGCCCCACCACCUGCUGGGGUUCCACCGCUUGAGGACUUCGAAGUGCUAGAUGGGGUGGAAGAUACAGAGGGCGAGGAGGAAGAAGAGGAGAACCUGAGUGAGCUGCGACCACUAGAGGACAUGGGACAGCCCCCACUGGAGGAGACUGAACAGCCAGGGGCCCUGGCCCGAGAGUUCCUGGCUGCCAUGGAGCCUGAGCCCGAGCCUGCUCCAGCCCCGGACGAGUGGCUGGACAUCCUGGGGAAUGGGCUGCUGAGGAAGAAGACGCUGGUCCCAGGCCCACCCGGCUCAAGUCGCCCGGCCAAGGGCCAGGUGGUCACAGUGCAACUGCAGACGUCACUGGAGAACGGCACACGGGUGCAGGAGGAGCCAGAGCUGGUGUUCACCCUGGGUGACUGUGACGUCAUCCAGGCCCUGGAUCUCAGUGUCCCACUCAUGGAUGUGGGGGAGACUGCUAUGGUCACUGCUGAUUCCAAGUACUGCUAUGGCCCCCAGGGCAGCAGGAGCCCAUACAUCCCCCCUCAUGCGGCCCUGUGCCUGGAGGUGACCCUGAAGACAGCUGUGGAUGGACCUGAUCUGGAGAUGCUCACAGGGCAGGAACGUGUGGCACUGGCCAACCGGAAGCGGGAGUGCGGCAAUGCUCACUACCAGCGGGCUGACUUUGUGCUGGCUGCCAACUCCUAUGACCUCGCCAUCAAGGCCAUUACUUCCAGCGCCAAAGUGGACAUGACCUUUGAGGAGGAGGAGCAGCUUCUGCAGCUGAAGGUGAAGUGUCUGAACAACCUGGCAGCCUCGCAGCUGAAGCUAGACCACUACCGGGCCGCACUGCGUUCCUGUAGCCUCGUGCUUGAGCACCAGCCUGACAACAUCAAGGCGCUCUUCCGCAAGGGCAAGGUACUGGCCCAGCAAGGGGAGUACAGCGAGGCCAUACCCAUCCUGAGGGCGGCCCUGAAGCUGGAACCUUCCAACAAGACAAUCCACGCGGAGCUCUCGAAGCUAGUGAAAAAGCACGCGGCCCAGCGGAGCACAGAGACCGCCCUGUACCGGAAAAUGCUGGGCAACCCCAGCCGGCUGCCUGCUAAGUGUCCUGGCAAGGGUGCCUGGUCCAUCCCAUGGAAGUGGCUGUUUGGAGCAACUGCUGUUGCCCUUGGGGGCGUGGCUCUCUCUGUGGUCAUCGCUGCCAGGAACUGACUGCCAGGUGGCCGCUACCCCUUCUGAGCACCGUGGACCCCACCCCGCACUCCCUAACUCUCCCAGGCUCCCUGUCCACUACCCUUUCUGGCCUAGCCCCCCUCCUCUGGGGCAGGGACAGUGAGGUUUGAGGGUUGCAUGGCCCAGUGAGCAGGAGGGACUGAGGCCCUACAGGAGGAAAUGAGGCAGGGCCCAGGCCCCAUGUCCAGCCGGGAAGGAGGGGGCCCUUAUUCCUCCAGACCCAAUUCCUACCCUCCCACUCCCCCCUGGGUUAGGUCUCAACAGGGGCCUGCCUCAGUUUCUCCUUCCCAAGGCCUCAGGGCAGCCCUUCCCCCAUCCAGUUCCUGUACAAUUGCCAGCCUCUCCUGCCUAGCCUGCUGCCCUCUGUCCAGGCUCCCCCACCGCCCCAAGUGAAAUAAAGCCUCCCAUCCUGCA